AGGGAGAUUGUGCUCUUGGAAUGCGUCUGUUUUAUGGAUACAUAACGUGUCACUCCUAUAAUUAGAGUUCACAUGUUUCAAAGAAGAAGAAAAAAGUUUUAAAUCGUGGUUAGCUUUACGGCCGCCUGGAGAGCACACGGGGAGAUAGAGGGUGAAAUGUACCCAGACAACGACAAUCGACGACAGGUUAAAAUAUCCACCCUCCUCUUGCUCUCCCUUCUUCUUUGUCUAGGCAAACGAAUAGCCAAAUCGAACACCGUUAGAAUUCGGUCUUGCCAUUUUCUUCUAUCCCCAUGUAGCGCAAGCGAGUCUGGAAAAUCACGGACGGUUUAUUCUAUUUUGUAGCGCAAUAACAUCUGGAACCAGUCAGGGAGUCUACAGGGGAGGGGGUUUAAUCGUCACCCCCUCUCUCGCUCUCCCCCUCUCUUCCUUCCACUAGACAAGUAUUACUGCAGAGAGGCAGCCGACCGCUUUCCGCAGGGCGAGUGAGAACUCCGCUUUUCUUAUGGUUUGGAAUUGACAGAAUUCGGAUCGCUUAAUGAGACACGUCAUAUAUUCCUGUUUUUGGACACCAUUCUUGGAAUCAGUUAUAACGGAAGAUUUAACCGCGUGAAAUCAGUUCUGGAAUAUACACACCUUUCUAUUUUGUUGCAUCGAGAGCUUUUAUCUUUUCUUUAUUCUGCAGUGCCCGCGCCCGAUUUUGUAUCUUUCUAUAGCCUGUGCUUUAUCCAUUUAAUGCAACUGGAGGCAAUUUGGUACUGUUUGAUUAUCACUAGCAGCAAGUGGGUUUGGUAUCAUGUUUCUUAGGUAGGGCCCGGAUGUACCGAGGAUGCACUGGUUCGUUUUCUUAGGUGGUUCCAGCGAAUGUCUAUUUCUGUUUUUUAACUCCAUAAUGGGGAUCAGGUAAUAUUAACUAAAACACAAAGAGGGAAUAUCUCAAGAUUUCCGUAAUUCAUUUUUAUUUUUUUCCUUUGAUUUAUUUUUCCUCCUUUGAUUAUUUUCCUCCUACCCCUCCUCCUUUUGCAACCUUUUCUUCAUUCACCUACGGAUAGAGCUGGACCACAUUUAUGGUAAAUGCAAGCAAAAACAUGUACAUACCGGAGGAAAACCUUGAAAAUCAUCAAGGCUCCAACUACUCGAGCCCCUCCCUCCCUCCCCCGCCGGGGCUGAACGACCACGACCAUGCGGUGGUGGGGCUGGCGCCGGAGCACAUCCCCACGGCGGGGGCGGCGCUCACCUGGCAGGCGGCCAUCGACGCGGCGCGGCAGGCCAAGCUGAUGGGCAACGCCAGCGCGCCCAUCUCCACCGCCAGCUCCACGCAACGCAAGCGGCAGAACUACGGCAAGCCCAAGAAGCAGACCAGCACGGCCACCACCCGGCCGCCCCGCGCCCUGCUCUGCCUAACGCUCAAGAACCCCAUCCGCCGGGCCUGCAUCAGCAUCGUGGAGUGGAAACCCUUUGAAAUAAUCAUUUUGAUGACUAUUUUUGCUAACUGCGUGGCCUUAGCUGUCUAUAUCCCCUUCCCUGAGGACGACUCCAACGCCACAAACUCCAAUCUGGAACGGGUGGAGUAUCUGUUCCUCAUCAUUUUCACAGUGGAAGCAUUUCUGAAGGUAAUAGCCUAUGGACUGCUCUUCCACCCCAAUGCGUACCUGCGCAACGGAUGGAACCUGCUGGAUUUCAUUAUAGUGGUUGUAGGGCUUUUUAGUGCUAUUUUAGAACAAGCCACCAAAGGGGACGGGGCGACGCCCAUCGGAGGGAAGGCCGCGGGCUUCGACGUGAAGGCGCUGAGGGCGUUCAGGGUGCUGCGGCCCCUCAGGCUGGUGUCCGGAGUGCCCAGCCUGCAGGUGGUGUUGAACUCCAUCAUUAAAGCCAUGGUCCCGUUGCUGCACAUCGCCCUCCUUGUCCUCUUCGUCAUCAUCAUCUACGCCAUCAUCGGCCUGGAGCUCUUCAUGGGCAAGAUGCACCGCACCUGCUUCUUCUACCGCGACGGACACCUAGGUCCCACCUCUGAGGAGAAGCCUGCCCCCUGCGCCCAAGCGCACGCCCACGGCAGGCAGUGCAGCCCGGAGAACAUCACCAAGUGCGAGAUGGGCUGGGAGGGGCCCAACUACGGCAUCACCAACUUCGACAACUUUGCCUUUGCCAUGCUGACGGUCUUUCAGUGCAUCACCAUGGAAGGCUGGACGGACGUGCUGUACUGGAUGCAGGACGCUAUGGGCUAUGAGCUUCCCUGGGUCUAUUUUGUCAGUCUGGUCAUCUUUGGAUCCUUUUUCGUACUAAAUCUGGUUCUGGGGGUGUUGAGCGGGGAGUUCUCAAAGGAGCGAGAGAAGGCUAAAGCUCGGGGGGACUUUCAGAAACUGAGGGAGAAGCAGCAGCUGGAGGAGGACCUGAAAGGGUACCUGGACUGGAUCACCCAGGCCGAGGACAUCGACCCCGAGAACGAGGAAGAGGGACUGGAUGAAGAGAAGCCCAGAAACCGAGUCACCUUGGCCGACUUGCUUGACAAGAAGAAGGGGAAGUUUGCUUGGUUUAGUCACUCCAGUGAGACCCAUGUGAGCAUGCCCACCAGCGAGAACGAGUCGGUCAACACGGACAACGCACCUGCCGGGGACAUGGAGGGGGAGACCUGCUGUACCAGGCUGGCAAAUAGGAUCUCCAAAUCCAAGUUCAGCCGGUACUCGCGACGGUGGAACCGGCUGUGUCGUCGGAAGUGUCGAGCAGCCGUGAAGUCCAACGUGUUCUACUGGCUGGUGAUCUUCCUGGUCUUCCUCAACACGCUGACCAUUGCCUCCGAGCACCACCGGCAGCCUGAAUGGCUCACUGAAGUGCAAGACAUAGCGAACAAGGUGCUGCUGGCCCUGUUCACGGGGGAGAUGCUGCUGAAGAUGUACAGCCUGGGCCUGCAGGCCUACUUCGUCUCGCUCUUCAACCGCUUCGACAGCUUCGUGGUGUGCGGCGGGAUCCUGGAGACCAUCCUGGUGGAGACCAAGAUCAUGUCCCCGCUGGGCAUCUCCGUGCUGCGCUGCGUGCGCCUGCUGCGCAUCUUCAAGAUCACCAGGUAUUGGAACUCUCUGAGCAACCUGGUGGCCUCCCUGCUGAACUCUGUGCGCUCCAUUGCCUCCCUGCUGCUGCUGCUCUUCCUCUUCAUCAUCAUCUUCUCCCUGCUGGGCAUGCAGCUCUUUGGCGGGAAGUUCAACUUUGAUGAUACGCGACGCAGCACCUUUGACAACUUUCCCCAGUCCCUGCUCACUGUGUUUCAGAUCCUGACAGGUGAGGACUGGAACUCAGUGAUGUAUGAUGGGAUCAUGGCUUAUGGAGGGCCGUCCUUCCCGGGAAUGCUGGUGUGCAUCUACUUCAUCAUCCUCUUUAUCUGCGGAAACUACAUCCUCCUGAAUGUCUUCUUGGCCAUCGCUGUGGACAAUCUUGCAGAUGCAGAGAGUCUGACGUCAGCCCAGAAGGAGGAGGAGGAGGAGAAAGAGAGGAAAAAGCUUGCCAGAACUGCCAGCCCAGAAAAGCGAACAGACAACGAGAAACCACCACUGGAGGAGGAGAAGAAGGAGGAGAAGAUUGAGCUGAAAUCCAUCACUUCAGACGGGGAGACUCCCACUGCCACCAAGCCAGCACUGGAAUGUAAAAUAAUCUAUACUGAAUGUCAAAAUCACAAGCAGUCAAAGAAAGCUUCACUCUUGAAGAUAAACAUUGAGGAGUUCCAGGGGGAUGAAAAUGAAGAGAAGAAUCCCUACCCUGCUAACGACUUCCCAGGGGAGGAAGAGGACGAGGAGCCGGAGAUGCCGGUGGGGCCGCGGCCACGCCCUCUCUCGGACAUACAGCUGAAGGAGAAGGCCAUACCCAUGCCAGAGGCCCGUGCCUUCUUUGUGUUCACUCACACUAACAAGUUCAGGGUACUUUGUCACAAGAUUGUGAACCACAACAUCUUCACCAACCUCAUCCUCUUCUUCAUUCUACUGAGCAGCAUUUCACUGGCGGCUGAAGACCCUGUGAAGAACGACUCCUUCAGGAACCAGAUACUAGGCUAUGCAGAUUACGUCUUUACAGGACUGUUCACGAUCGAAAUUAUCUUAAAGAUGACAGCAUACGGAGCCUUCCUUCACAAGGGCUCUUUCUGUCGCAAUUACUUCAACAUCCUGGACCUGGUGGUGGUCAGUGUGUCCCUCAUCUCCUCUGGGAUCCAGUCAAGUGCCAUUAACGUUGUGAAGAUCCUCAGGGUGCUGCGAGUGCUGAGGCCCUUGAGGGCCAUCAACAGAGCCAAGGGCCUGAAACAUGUGGUCCAGUGUGUCUUCGUGGCGAUCCGCACCAUCGGGAACAUCGUGAUCGUCACCUCCCUCCUGCAGUUUAUGUUUGCCUGCAUUGGAGUACAGCUCUUCAAGGGGAAGUUCCACAGCUGCUCCGACAGCUCCAAACAGACAGAGUCUGAGUGCAAGGGGUCCUAUAUCCUGUACAAGGAUGGAGAUGUAGCCAAGCCCGAGAAAGACAAGCGCACAUGGGAAAACAGCGAUUUUAACUUCGACAACGUGCUCCAGGGCAUGAUGGCUCUCUUCGCAGUCUCCACCUUCGAAGGGUGGCCAACGCUCCUGUAUCAAGCCAUUGACUCCCACACCGAGGACAUCGGGCCCAUCUACAACUACCGCGUGGUGAUCUCCAUCUUCUUCAUCAUCUACAUCAUCAUCAUUGCCUUCUUCAUGAUGAACAUCUUCGUAGGUUUCGUCAUUGUCACAUUCCAGGAGCAGGGAGAGCAAGAGUACAAGAACUGUGAGCUGGACAAAAACCAGCGUCAGUGUGUGGAGUACGCCCUAAAAGCUCGUCCCCUGAGGAGGUACAUACCCAAAAACCCAUACCAGUACAAGGUGUGGUACGUGGUGAACUCCACCUACUUUGAGUACCUGAUGUUCACUCUCAUUCUGCUCAACACCAUCUGCCUGGCCAUGCAGCAUCACGGCCAGUCUACAUCCUUCAACAAGGCCAUGAAUGUGCUCAACAUGCUGUUCACUGGCCUCUUCACCGUGGAGAUGAUCCUCAAACUCAUAGCCUUCAAGCCGCGGCAUUAUUUUGUUGAUGCAUGGAAUACGUUCGAUGCCUUAAUAGUCGUGGGUAGUGUUGUUGAUAUAGCGAUCACUGAGGUUAACCCAGCUGACUCCACCUCGUCUUCCCAGUCCCCCAUGGUAAGACCAAUGGGACUCCAAAACACUGAAGAUAAUUCCAGGAUCUCCAUCACCUUCUUCCGGCUAUUCCGAGUGAUGAGGCUGGUGAAGCUCCUGUCCCGGGGGGAAGGCAUCCGAACCCUGCUCUGGACCUUCAUCAAGUCCUUUCAGGCAUUGCCCUAUGUAGCCCUGCUCAUUGUGAUGUUGUUCUUUAUCUACGCUGUUAUUGGAAUGCAAAUGUUUGGUAAGAUUGCCCUGAGGGACGGCACUCAGAUCAAUCGGAACAACAACUUCCAGACGUUUCCUCAGGCCGUGCUCCUGCUUUUCAGGUGUGCGACAGGAGAGGCAUGGCAAGAGAUCAUGCUGGGCUGCACCCCCAUGAAGCCGUGCGAGGAGGGGUCGGGGGUGGGCCACGUCAACGAGGACUGCGGCAGCCAUUUUGCCAUCAUCUACUUUGUCAGCUUCUACAUGCUCUGUGCCUUCCUGAUCAUCAACUUGUUUGUCGCUGUCAUCAUGGACAACUUUGACUACCUGACGCGAGACUGGUCGAUACUGGGGCCUCACCACCUUGAUGAGUUCAAAAGAAUCUGGGCGGAGUAUGACCCAGAGGCCAAGGGGAGGAUUAAGCAUCUGGACGUGGUGACGCUGCUUCGCAGAAUACAGCCACCCCUGGGUUUCGGGAAGCUGUGCCCCCAUCGAGUGGCCUGCAAGCGGCUGGUGUCCAUGAACAUGCCUCUGAACAGUGACGGCACCGUCAUGUUUAAUGCCACCCUGUUUGCUCUGGUGCGGACCGCACUGCGCAUCAAGACAGAAGGUAACUUGGAGCAGGCAAAUGAGGAACUUCGGGCAAUUGUUAAGAAGAUUUGGAAGAGAACCAGUAUGAAGCUACUAGACCAGGUUGUGCCACCUGCAGGAGAUGACGAGGUGACCGUUGGGAAGUUCUACGCCACCUUCCUUAUCCAAGAAUAUUUUCGGAAGUUCAAGAAGCGCAAAGAGCAGGGCCUGGUGGCUAAAGUCCCUCCAAAGACAGCUCUCUCACUACAGGCGGGACUGCGGACGCUCCACGACAUGGGGCCGGAGAUCCGCAGGGCUAUCUCAGGUGACCUGACCGUGGAAGAGGAGCUGGAGAAGGCCAUGAAGGAGACUGUGUCGGCCGCUUCCGAAGAUGAUAUCUUCAGGCGGGCAGGUGGUCUCUUCGGCAACCACGUCAACUACUACCACCAGAGCGACGGGCGCGGCUCCUUCCCCCAGUCCUUCACCACCCAGCGGCCGCUCCACAUCAGCAAGUCGGGCAGCCCCGGGGACGACGUGUCCCCGUCCCACGAGAAGCUGGUGGACUCCACCUUCACCCCCAGCAGCUACUCCUCGUCCGGCUCCAACGCCAACAUCAACAACGCCAACAACACCGCCAUCGGCCGCUUCCCCUGCCCCUCCAUCAGCACCGUGGACGGGCACAGCGGUCCUCCCCUCACCCCUGUCCUGCUGCCCCGUGCCGCCUGGCACUUCCCCACCAAGAGGACGCGUUACUAUGAGACCCUGCUGCGCUCGGACUCGAGCGACAGCCGCCUGCCCAUCAUCCGCCGGGAGGAGGCGUCCACGGACGAGGCGUACGACGAGACGCUCGUGGACGAGAGGGACUUCCGCAGCGAUCAGGGCAUACUCUCCUCUGAAAUGCUUGUGUAUCAGGAUGAAGAGAGCAAACAGUUGGCCCCCAUGGAGGAGGGUGAUGACAGUGAAGAAAGGAGACCUUGGCAGUCCCCAAAAAGAGCCUUCCUGUGUCCCACAGCACUAGGCCGAAGGUCUUCCUUCCACUUGGAGUGUCUGAAGAGGCAGACGAGGACAGACGUCUCCCAGAAAACUGCACUACCGCUUCACCUGGUCCACCAUCAGGCCCUGGCAGUGGCAGGGUUGAGUCCCCUCCUGAGGAGGAGUCACUCUCCGACGCUCUUCACGAGACUGUGCUCCACGCCGCCCGCCAGUCCGUGUGCCCGGGGCGGCCGGGCGUACCAGCGCGUGCCCACGUUCUGCCUGGAGGGCUCCGGCUCCUACGAGAAGCUCAACAGCAGCCUCCCGUCGGUCAACUGCGGCCCCUGGUACAGCGACAGCAACGGGAACAGCACGGGCCCCGCCCAGCGGCCCCCCAGGCCCGUUUCGCUCACCGUGCCCCCGGUGACCGGGCGGGACUCUCCCAUGCUCUCCCACGGCAGCGCCGGCAGUCUGGUAGAGGCGGUUUUGAUAUCUGAAGGCCUCGGUCGGUACGCGCAAGACCCGUCCUUCAUCGAGGUGACUAAGCAGGAACUGGCGGACGCCUGCGACAUGACCAUCGAGGAAAUGGAGAACGCCGCCGACAACAUCCUCAAUGGCAACACCCAGCCCAGCCCCAACGGCAACCUCCUGCCCUAUAUGCACUGCAGAGACCACGGCGAGCAGGAGUCGAGCCUCCCCGAGGGGCUCGCGGGGGCCGCCGGCGGGCAGGGGGAGGAGCUCAUGGCCGGCGCUCAGCCGGGCCUGGAGGAGGAGGAGGAGGAGGAGGAGGAGGAGGAGGGGGAGGAGGGGGAGGAGGAAGAGGACAGGGUCUCUCUGUCAGGCCAUCGGGAUUGUGGGUUACUAGAAGACGACGACAUGGAUUGUGUCACUAGUUUGUAGGAACAGCAGCACAGAGGUCUCUCUCUCUUUCUCUUUAUCUCUCUUUCCCCCCUUCUCUCUCUCUCUCUCUGUAGUUCUGCCGGAGGUGCGACGUUGAGAUGUUGGCGGCCAAUUGUUUUUAGCAUUUUUAUUUAUUUAUUUUAAUUCAGCGUUUAAUUGGUUGGUUUUUCUGUGAAUUUGUGUGUGCGCGCAUGUCUGUGAGCGUGCAUAUGUGUGCAUGUGAGUGUGUGUGUGUAUCUGGGCGUGUUUCAAAAGUGCCUCACAGAUUUUAUGCUCUUGAACGAUGGUUUGGGGCAGAGAUGGGAAAGCAAAAAAGAAAAAAUUGGAGGAAGCAAAAUGAAUGUCUGUAUUUGGCUUGUAUAUGUUUUUGUUCGGUUUAUUUUAGUUUUUCGGAUUUGUUGCUGGCCACCAGGAAGGAUUAUCUAGGGCAGGCUGAGCGCCCAUGAGAUUGUGCUGGUCAGUUUCCACCAGGUGUUCAGAUGUCGGUGUGCCUCUUCACAUAAGCUGCUGCCAGCGUUUUGCUGAAGAACAGGAAAACAACCUUUUCCUCUGCAUCUUCUUCUUCUUCUUGUACUUCAGAGCUGCAGCACAAUCAGCACCAAAAGGCUCUGUUGGCUGCUGGAUGCCGGCACGGGAAAGGGGAAGCGCGAAGCAGGAGAGGCGAGAGAGGGCCGUGUUCUUUGGACCCUCCGUUUUAGGAAAUGAAAGGCGCGAAAGACGUUGGACUGAACAGGGAGAAGCGCAAAAUGAGGAGACGCUGUGAAGAGGGAGCAGAGGGGUGCUGGGAUUCAGGAUCUGUCUACCCUGAUCUCUGUCCUCUUUCACCACGCUGUCCAUCACGGCAGCCACUUCCUGUCUCGAACAGGAAGGAAUAGGACUAAACUAAAGCUGGACCUAACAGGGACAGCACCAUCUGCUGCCAUAUACCUCGACUUUUCAUCCCAUUCUCCUACAUUUUGGUUGUUUUUUUGGGUUUUAGUUCUUUUUUUUUUUAGGUAUUUUUUUGACCUGCAUUUGACCCGUCCUGCAUUUGGAGAGCAGGGGGUUGGGAAGAAGGGAGGUGGAGGUAAAGUUGGAAGUUGUGGAAGUCAAUCUGAGCCCACAGCUAGAGACUCCUCCACCCGCAACCAUCACCUGUUCAGUGAGGAAGUAUCUGUCCAAACGGCCAAGUGGAUGCAGGCAAUCACACAUGCGUCAAUAUCCAAAAUUAGAGAUUGUAUAUUUAUACAGUGCAGUGUUGUGCAGAAUUUAGAGACCAGCCUAUGUUUUUCAUUGUUUCAUUUGUUUUAAUUCCCAAAAGUUUUGGGUGUUGUCCCUAAUCAGUUCUUGCUUGAUUUAUUUAGGAGAUAUUAAGAAGUUAAGUAAUCAACCUGUGGCCACAGGGUUUAGUGUUGUAUUAAAGUGGGAAACUUCUUUGUCAGUAUACACCAUUCAGAUUGUAUUUAUUUAUUUAUUUUUUUCCCUGGAAAAAAAAGGUUGGAGUGUGUAAAUUUUUCUUGCUGUUAAAAGACAGUAGAAGUAAAAGUUUAAGGCAGCUGAAGUCUGGUGUCUUUCCCACCAGGACCGAGAUGGAUACUUCCAGAGCUGAGCACUCUGAUGCUGUCUUCACACUUUCUGAAUAUUCUUCUGAAUAGUGAACUGCAGAGGUCACCCAUAGGCGGCCAUAGGGGCUGUACAGUAGAGAAAGGACCCGAUUGGAGGAAAUCUGCAGAGGUCAAUGAGAUGUGUAAUGCGUGAGCACUGCUGCCGCUCUAACCUUUCCAAGCUGUUCAAUCUUUAUUCAAAUAAUACUGUGUGUUAUUUAAUUGAUUGUGAAUGGGGGGCUAUCCGCAUUGAGGGAAAACCAGUGCAGUAGCCCAGCAACUAUACCUAUGAAUUAGGUUGUCAUCAGCAGGUAAUGUGGAAAAUGUACCGGGCUGGAAAUCUCAGCACACAGUUUAGACGAAAGCCAAAGGGAAAUGUAAUUUUGUGCAUUGUGGGAAAUUGUGUACUUUGAGAAGCAGGAGGUACAUUAUGAAUUGGGUUUGGUUUGAUUAAAGCUGUCUAAUGGAGUUUACAGGGCUAAAUAUUAUUAUUAUUAUUAUUAUUAUUAUUAUUAUUAUUAUUAUUAUUACUCCAAUGUUUGUGUUAGGUUUCUCUGCUUUGUCCAACACUGUGUGUGUAUACGAAAUACACACAAACUCUGAAAAACAGUGGCAUAGUACAUGUGACCCAGAAUGAUUUAUCAAUUAUGCAAAUAUGAUAUUCCAGUGUUAUUGACAAUGCUGUUGUGUGAUUGAUGAUAUUAUGUAAUUAGGACCUGGAUUUGCCAUCUAUAUAAAGUAUGUAAAGGGAUUAAGCUUCCACUUGAAGAAAUCACAUUUGUGCAGCAUCAACACAUGAACAUAGUUGUUUUGGUUUUAAAUUAAGCAGACAUUUUAGAAUGAGGUUGAUAUCAUUACAGUGACAAAAAAGAUAUUGCAUGUUGGAGUGCGACAGUGUAAUUUGUUUGAUUCUUGGUCAUUUCAAUGUCUAAUUUGUGGAUCUUUGUUUUAUUUUGCAUUUGACAAUUGCAGUUAUUAAACUUUCAUAGGAUUUUGGUUUAUUUAUUUUUCUUUAAUUCAUCACAUGUCCAAUUUACUGAUGGGUGCAAUACUGUCUGGUUCCCCUGUGAAUUAUCUGUGAGCCUGUGAGCUGUCUUUGAGAUUUUUCUUUCAAGUGACAUACCAUCUGUUUUCUUUUAUAAGCUACAAUUGUUCAAUUGUAGCAAGGUGUCUUCAUAAUGGUUUCUUCUCAGUAUUGCUAUGUGUAUAACAGUCCAAAACUUAUAAACUAUCAAACAUGUAGCCAGUUGUCGUUCCCCCCAUUUUGUAUAAUUUUGGUUUGGGUUUUUUUGUUGUUGUUGUUGUUGUUUUCCCCCAAAAAACGAUUCUGCCAUUUUCAAAAUUAAGUGGCAUCCCCGAUUGGCAUGUCUGAAAUCACUGAUCACUGUCUGUGGUUACAGUAUGUGUCUGUCAGUAGGUGUGAGUGGGGUUGUAGGGAUGUGCCCUAUUGGGGGGUGUGGGACACUCUGCUUAUCUGUGUGUGUGGGGUCUGAGGAGGAGGAGUGUGUGGAUGCACACCUGCAUUCCACAAGAUAUGCAAAAACAAUGCAAUAACGUGUAUGACUGUAAAUGAGUCUCAAAAAAGAACUAGCUGUAUAAAAAUGAAGAAGGUGAAAAAAGAUCAGAUAAUAUAUUCAGAGUUGUUUAUUGAGUUUCAGAUCUUUAAAUUGAAGAAACCUGUUAUACUUGAAAUUGGGUGCAUUUCAGUAUUUAAAAUAUCUUGUGCCAGUUAUUUUUGAUUUUAUUCUGUUUUAUCUUCUCUGACUGAUAAAUAUUAUACUGUUAAUUAAAUUCACUAGUUGUAUAUGCAUGGGAUUCAUUUUAGUAUUUUAGUGUGCCAAGUAGUGUGCCAAGUUACGAUUUUAGUGCUUUUUAAACUGGGGAUGGAUCACAAAUAAAUGGAAGAAGACCAAUUGUUUUAUUUUUUUGUAAAAUAAAGAAAAACUUGGAAAUGUAAAUAGUCUAGGUACUUGGGGGAGACAAUAUAUACAUGCUUGAUGUUAACUGGUUUUGCAUAUCUUGUGUUCAUCCAGUUUGAAGAUGGCUGUACAUUUCUUUAAUUGAAAACGGUCUCUCCUUAUUUAUUCUAUACUGCAUCUUCCUCUGGUAGGUGGAUCAAACAGUUAAGGUAAAAUACCUGUUUUAUGCCUCCCUGUUUCCUCUCUCUUUUUCACACAAAUACUUCACACAUGCGUUUUGGAAUUCUGAAUUUAGAAUUAAAAUCCCUCUCCCACCCACCCACUCAACCUGUUCCUGGAUUGGAUUUAAGACCAUUGAGAAGUUCUGUAAGGGGGAAUAAAUAAGACAUUAUGAGCAAUGUGGUAUUCUGAAACAAUGCAGCUAUGAUUUAUUAUGGUAUAGGUAAUGAAUAAGAGAGGACAAGGCAUUUAUGGAGAGAUUGUCACAGUAUGCGUUUUUUGUGUGAAACUGAUUCACUUAUGAUAAAACUCUGAAACUACGCAUGAAUGCACUUAGUGGCAUUUAGUGCUGACUUGCUUCAUAUUUCACUUGCUAUUCAGAGAAUGGUUACAAUGACGGAAGGUUACGUUUAACAUUAGGCUUAUAUUUCCCAUUAAUGCAAAAGAAAUUGUACUCUGUUGAUUGUUUUCAGUUAAUCAUUUGUUUCAGCAGUUUGCUAUUGUAAUAGCAAUCUGAUUCCGCCCUUUGUGACCAUACAACCGUGCUUCAUUGUAACCCUGCUGUACAUUGAGGUGAAAAGGUAUGGAUUAGGUAAGAUUGGAGUUUUUUGUUGGUGUUCCAAAGUCAGUACUAUUGAUAUAAAGAGGGGAACAAACUAUGGUUGUGACACCCUGGUAGGAUGACUCAAGCCACUUGCUAUUGAACUCAAUGGUUUUCUCAUUGAUUCUUUUAAACAAUGACAAUCCAAUAAGAUUGUUAAAAAUGUGCGUAAUUGAAUUAUAGUGGAAGGAAAACUUGACUGGUGUAAAAUGGUUAUGAAAGUGUUAGGCACUCAAUUUUAAUUAGAAGGCAAACUUUCCAAACUUCUAUUUGUGUGGAGUUGUCUGCUGCCAACUUUUUAGCUUUUGUGGGUCCUGUUGGAACAAUUGCAUCUGUCACUUUGAAACAUUAUCUGUCUCACUUAAGUAGCUAAUGAUUGUAAAUUUUUACAGAGUAUAUAAAUUGAUAUGUAUAAAUGCAGUAUAUAAUUGUUCUAAAUGUCAGGAUAAGAGGUGUGUCACAGAUUAUUUUGAGAAUGUACUAAUUAGUGAAAUCUCUGGAUAAUUAUUGAAAUGAAUCAGGAAGUGAAAAUGUUAUUUAUAAUAGAAAUUUAGGAUUAAAUUUUGCUAUUUCUCAUCGUUUUCAGACUCUACCUUCCCCCUGGAUCUUGUUUGAUUGAUUGAAAAAUCAAUAGGGAAGUUGAUUGAAAAAUCAAUAGGGAAAUGAUGUGUGGCAAUGAUACAUUAUUAAUGUAAUGAGCCUUUUGACGAUUUCAUACAGCGGCUUUAUCUUUAACUUUUUCUCUUUUUUUUUUUUACCUUGGAGGGACUGUGCGAGUGAAGACCAUACAGUGUAUCUUCCAAAGCCAUUGUGCUAAUUGUAGUCUAGUCUCCUAUCUUUCUCCACCAGCUUGCCCAGAGCGUGUCACUUUCCUUAGUGCAGUCCAUACAGAAUCCCUGUCCAAGGGAUGAUCCUCAGUGUGGAACUUCUCUGUGUUUGGAAUGUCACACAUUCUACUGUGAUGCACAUUCUGAGAAUAUUAAGAGCCAUUUCAAACAUGCCUUUUCUAUUUUGAUGAGUCAUGGAUGAUGCCUAGUGGGGUUUUCAUGAUGUCUGUCAAUUAGUCUAUGGCACAUUUGAGAAGGUAUGUAUGGAUGUUGGUGGGAAAGGAAGUUGUACAACUAACUGAGAUGCAAUUAACGAUUGAAACGCCAGAGAGAAUAGACCAAAAAUACAAAUAUUUUCACAUACUGUACAAGCAAAAAUCAUCUCCAUGCUAUUCCCACUCACGCACAGGAAUACCAUAAACGCCCUGAUGAUGUCAGAGACUAUAGCUUGGCUGUAUCAGGAAACAGUAUACGUCAUCCCUGUUUUCCCAUUUUUUUAGAACGGGGCACAAAUGCACAAAUGAGUUUGGUUUUUAGAUAUUUAUUUUCAAAAACUGCACCAAAAAUCAGAAUAGUGGAUGAUUGUGACAGUGUGUUCCACUUCCUCUUCCACAUUCUCUUUCCAUGGUAUGUUGUAGAGAGCCUAAAUGUGUAGCUUUUUAUGAGGGAGACAUCAGACGUUUGUCAUUUGACUACCUAUAUGUUUGCCUUUAAGAGAUCAUGUCCAUGUAGCUUAAAAUGAAAGAAAAUGAAGGCUUCAUCUAUUUCAAGUGGACAGAAAAAAAUAACAGGAUGGCCAAUGCAGUGCAGAAUUCUGUGCAAACCUAACUCAUCUUGGGUUGUUCAAAUUUAUUUUCUGUCUUUUAAUUGAGGUUCUUGGAUGAUGUUAACAAAGAUGAUCUUCUUGCUGUGGUAUGAAUACUCCCAAUAAUAUUUUGUCACUAUAUUUGCAUCACACUUUAUCAGAUGUGCAUCUAUCAUAACAGAAAUUUAUUAUUUUUCUUGUAAAUGGAUUGUUAUUGAUCAUUUUGAUCUGAACUAAAAUAUUUUAAGAAAAUAUUGAAAAUAUAAACUUUAUUUUCAUUUUUUAGCUGAAUCAAAAUGUAGUAGUGCGUACAUGAGACCCAGACUUCCCUUUUUGAAAAACAAAAAAAGAAUGAAAGAAUAUCAUGUUCUUUAAAUGUUUUCUUGUUUCUCAUUGCUGUUGCACCUUCAUGUGUAUUUUAACAUUUAGGAGUGCAUUAUUUUAUGGGGAAACAAGGCUAAAAAUAUCUAAUGCUUGUGCAUAUGCAUAUUAUUAAUGUACAUUAUUAUUUUUUAAAUGGAGAUGAGAGGUGGUCGGAAAUUUGAAUGGCAUGUUCAUAAGUAGGAGAAAGAGGUUUGUGGUUUGAAAGAUUUUAAAAGAUAAACUUUUCACCCAGAUAAAAACUGCCAAUUGCAAUUGAGAUACAACCCCUGCUAUUCUUUACCCUGCUAAAUAGGGGUUGUGCUCGAGUGGGGUGCAUCUAAACUCUAAACCAAACAUUAAUGUGGGCAUUUAUGUCAAGGGCAUUCCCAUACUGGGACGUUAUCACAGACAAUGCUUCUCUGUUUAUUCAAGAUGAAUGUUUCCCACCUAAAAGCCUGCUUUUGCAAUGUUUCUUACUUUGCUUGCAUGUCUGUGUUUGGGUUUGGGUUUUGUUACUAGUUCACACUGUAGUGAAAUCGCUUGUGGUUGGAUUUUUUUCACUCAGGGUUGCUUGUGACUGGUCAGGAAGGAAGCAGAUGGCGGACUGAGAAUGUUUGCAUGUAUUAAUGAAAUUGAAAGCAUGCUCUGUCUCACUUUUAAAGUGCUUUAGAAAAUAACCCUGAUCUACUGAAUCUGUAUGGGAUUAUUAUUUAGGCAAACCAAUGGAAAUCCUCCCCAUAAAGACUCCCUUAUGAGAUACAUUGGUUAUUUAAAAAGACAGUAUUUUACCCAGUUCACACAGUCAGUAUAAUCCUAGUGUACCUUUCAGUAUGUUUUAUUCUAAAAUGACUGUUAUUAUUAUUAUUUUUUGCUGUUGUUAAUGUUGUUUAUUGUUGUUGUGGGAGUGGAAAGAGCACUAGUAAUGCAAUAAUCAGCAUUUGCAUAAAUUAAAAUGAUUUGCACGUCAGCCAUGAUACAUUGUUGCAGAUGCUGGCUCUACAUUUCCUUUGCUUCCAUAAAUGUGAGGGAACAUAUACCUUUGACCAUUUUUCAUCAAAGCAAACAUUUUUUUUCAAAGACAGAUUCAUUUUUUAGUUAGUGUCCAACCAAAUGCCACUUCGAUGUCUGAAUGUUCAGUUUCAUUGUUUUUCAAUUACAGAUUUGGUUUAAAGUACUGCCAUUAGAAAAAAUCCCACAUUCAUGUGGCCAUUCUGAGAGUUAUAAUGUAUUUGCACAAUUACUGAGAAUGCUUGACAACAAGCAGCUUACACGGUCUCUGUCCAGAUCUUAUUUCUCUUAGCUCUUUAUCUAGGGUCUGCUAUUCAUAUAUAAGCCUCUUAGAUUUAGUCUUUUUGAGUUAAUGCCUCUUCAUUUAUAAUGUUAGAAAAUAUCCACACAGAGCUGAUGAGAGUUGUUUAUAGAUGCACAUACAAUAGGAUAGGUUGAGAUGAGGAAUUAUGGUUGUAGUUAUGGUCAAUGGACCCAUCCUCAGACAUGUUGCUUCAGAAAAAGGUAAUCUCUUGUUGUCAGAGACAGAAAUGCAUGCCAUGUCAUGGUUCUUGUCCAGGUUUCUUUUAUUAUUCUAAGCUCAGGCUCAGUAGCUCAUGCAAAAAAAGGAAGAAAAAACUCAAUAAAUCCAAGCGUAGAUGUUGUAUUUCAGCUUCAAAUUUGGUUUGUGUUUCUAAACAGGCUUUUUUUUUUUUUUUUAAAUGUGUACCACCAACAACAACCAUGCAUUGUGAAUUUUAUUAUUGAGUAGUGAGAGCAGUAUUAAACACGUACAAUAUUGGAGAAAUUGUUGAUAAGAUAGUGUAUUGUUCACGUGGUUGCUUUGGCAUACAGUGUUGCGAUCAGCUUUGUUGGCUCAGUUGUCUGAAUGUGUAAUGGGUAAAUUGUAGUUUUGAAGUUGCUACAUUGACUUGCCCUAACCCCACCUGCUCUCUCUUUCUCCUGCAAGAGAGGCCCUGCAUGGUUUUCCAUUGCUGUCUGCUCUCUUUAGAAUCCUUUGCAUUCUCACAGUCCUUUUUCUUCUUUCUUCAUUUUUUCAUUCUUUCAUUUAAAUUUUAAAAAGGGAAAGAAUAGAAUACAAAAUCUGAAAAUUCAAUCACUUUUCUACUCUUAUUUUCAAAAAAAGGAAAAUUUUACAAAAAAAGUUUAUUUGUAAAUAGAUGAUGUACAGUUUGUAUCUGUAACUGUCAGUCUGUCUUUGGUGACAGAGUCUGUCUUGCUUAUAACGCACGCUACCAGUAAAUAAAAAAGGAAAAAAAUAUAUUUAGACUGUAUGGUCCUUGAAAGCAAGUUUUAAAUUAAUCUCUGAUGUAUAUUCCUGUAACAUUGCAUUUUUAUCUAAGGAAUGAUGUUAUUAAAAAAUGCAAAUAAAUUGAAUUUCCUAUUU